GGAGGGGAGUGGGGGCUGGUGGUUAGAGCAGGGGGGCUGGGAGCCAGGACUCCUGGGUUCUCUCUUGGGCUUUUGGAGGAUAGUGGGGUUUAGUGCUUGGGGGCUGAGAACCAGGACUCCUGGGUUCUUUUCCCAGCUGUGCCCCCACUCAUUGUCUGACCCUUUGUUUCCGGCUUUCAUACCCAGUCGCUCUCCUUUAGGCCAUUUCUGUGCUCUCUUGGGCGUUCAUAUUCAUGCGUCCUUAGCAUCCUUGUGAGCGCUCUGAUGUUUGGUUGCAGGUGCUGUUGUCCUGGAGAUGCCUGGUUGUCAUCUCUAGAGCUGGGGGACCUGACUGUGGGUGCCCAUGCACUGGGUCCUCAGGAUCUGCAGGAGCAUUGGGCGGGUGGGACGAGAGAGCAGGCCUUUCCAAGCCAUGGCUGCGCAGAGCAGCACCCUCCCUGCGCAGAAUGGCCACGACGCUGUCACAGCUGGGAUCAUCAUCAUCGGAGAUGAGAUCCUGAAGGGACUCACCCAGGACACAAACUCCUUCUUCAUGUGCCGGAAGCUGCGGUCACUGGGGGUGAAAGUUGCCAGAAUCUCCGUGGUCCCUGAUGACGUCGAUACCAUAGCCACAGAGAUCUCCUCCUUCGCAGCCAAGUUCACCUAUGUGCUGACAUCAGGGGGCAUUGGCCCCACCCACGAUGAUGUGACCUUUGAGGCGGUGGCCAAAGCCUUCGGGGAGCAGGUUUGCCCCCACCCAGAGCUGGUCGCCCUGGUGCACAGGUUCUUUGGCAAGACGGACAUGCGUUGCCCUGAGAUGAAGCUGGCGCACGUCCCUGAGUCCUCGCUGCUCAACUACGGCACGGACAAGAGGACGGGCGAUACCAUGAAAUACCCCCUUGUCAGCGUGCGCAACGUCUAUAUCUUCCCGGGCAUCCCGGUGCUGAUGGAACGGGCGCUGGAGGGGCUCGGCCACCUCUUCCGCAACGAGCAGACCCACUUCCACUCCCGGGAAAUCUACGUCAGCGCCAACGAGACACUCCUGGCACCCAUGCUCAACCAGGCCAAUGCCUGCUUUGGGCGCCACACGCACCUGGGCUCCUACCCUGACUGGGUCAACAACUACUACCGUGUGAGGCUGACCCUGGACUCGGAGUCCGAGCAGCACCUGGAGGAAGCUUACAGCUUCCUGAUGCAGAAUCUGCCCCCUGCGCUGGUCGUGCCCCUGGUGACAGACCCUGUGGUGCGGGCAGCCACGGACGUGUAUGCCCUGGCAGAGUCUGCAGGUUCCGCCCUGGGCCAGAAGGUGGCAGCAGCGCUCCGGACCAUCGAAGAGGCCUUGGAUCAGUUCAGCCUGGCCCAGAUCUGUGUGGGUUUCAAUGGGGGCAAGGACUGCACGGCCCUGCUGCACCUGUUCCACGCUGCCGUGCAGAGGCGAUUCCCACAGCGGGAGGAGAAGCUGCAGGUGCUCUAUAUUCGCAUUGUGUCCCCCUUCCCCGAGAUGGAGCAGUUCAUUCAGGCCACCACCCAGAGGUACGACCUCUGCCUGUGCACAGUGCAGGGGCACAUCCAGCAAGCCCUAGCAGACCUGAAGACCCAGAACCCCCAGCUGCAGGCUGUGCUGAUGGGGACGAGGAGGACCGAUCCCUACUCCUGCACUCUGACGCCCAUGUGUAUGACCGACCCCGGCUGGCCCGAGUACAUGCGGGUGAACCCCCUGCUGGACUGGAAGUACCAGGACAUCUGGCAGUUCCUGCGUACGCUCUUCGUCCCGUACUGCAUCCUGUAUGACAAGGGCUACACCUCCCUGGGCAGCAUGAGCAACACGCAGAAGAACCCGGCGCUGCGCUACACCAACGUGCUGGGCCAGGAGAGCUACCGGCCGGCCUACCUGCUGGAGAACGAGGAGGAGGAACGCACCUCGCGCCAGUGAGGCCCUGCCAGGCGGGCCCUCCACUCGGCAGCGAACUGGGCUGAGCGCAUGCUGCUUCCCCGGGCACUGUUGUUGGGACACCUACCCGCAGCUCUGCCACCUCCUCGGCCUUGGGCCCUGCCUGCCAGACACCUGGAGCAGGGCGUGGGGUGCACCCCCGCCCACUGGGCACUGCUGACUGGGGCAUGCGGACGGAGGGCCCAGGGGCCCUAUGAAUAAACCUGCUGCGCUCA